CAACAGCAACAGCGGCUAUAAUACAAAUUAGAACUCCAACGUACGUCGGGAACCCCUUUCAUUCAAAUGUUUCCUCUUUUGUGCCGGCCUGUGGUUGUUCCGUCAUUUUGAACCCUGCGACUAGCUAGAUUGACGAGAGUCAGGCUCGAGCAAAGAAAGAGUCGAAAUUCAGGACUAGGUUCCGUGGGAAGACACGUUUUCUCAUUUUCUAACAUUUUAAAAUGGAUGCUCCAAAAGAUCCACAAGAAGGCAAGGUGGGGACCCCUCAGAACUCCUCAAACAAGCAACAACCAGAAGGCAAUAAUGAUGGACACCAAUUAGUCAAGCCAGAUUCAAUGUCGGAUGGUCAGGCUCGAGCAGCCAUUGGCGCUGCUUCAAGCGACACUCCAACAAACCAAAUGAAAAGGGCUUGUCUAGUACCCGAUGAUCAUGCCGUUGCUAUGCCUCCCACCAAAAAAGCCAAAACCAGCCGCACAGAGGAAAUCCCAACCACGCCAGAGCUGGACACUCUAGGAGUCAGUGUCCAUCACCUCCAGCAUAUCUUCUUGGAGAGAGAGGUUGGAAUGGCAAAAAAGAAUGCCACAACAGGAAAAUUUCUUUCAAAAGACUCCAGCAUCUAUGAAAUUGAGGAUUUAGAAGGUCCUCCUGGGGUCAUCCGCACAAAGAGUGUCAACACUGUUUGCCCAAUCGAUGGGAAAAUGGGUGCUGCCUACGUCCACUCUCUACAAGGUGAGGACCAUGUCGGAGAGGCAACUCAAAUGCUCAGUUAUUCAUGGAAUUAUUCGAUUGGAGAUAUUGUGGAUACUUUAACAGACUUCUGCCACCAAAACAAUCUCAAUCCAAAGAGAACCUAUAUCUGGAUCUGCUGUCUCUGCGUCAAUCAACACAGGGUGGUAGAAAAAUCCAAGUCGGGUUUGCUGGUCUCCGCUGACGAAUUUGUCUCCAUCUUUGGAGACCGAGUCAAGAGAAUUGGUCAUUUGCUGGCAAUGAUGGCUCCGUGGCAUGCACCAGUGUACAAUACUCGAGUUUGGUGCAUCUUUGAAAUCUUUACAGCUAAAACCACAGUUGAGUGCACGGUAGAUAUUGUCAUGCCACCCAAGGAGAAGCAAUCUCUGGAGCAGGAUGUUGUUGAUAAUGGAGGAGGCAUCAAUGCUCUCUAUGAGACUCUUGGCAACACCAAAGUUGAGAAUGCCAAAGCAUCAUUUGAGAGUGACAGGCUGGCUAUUCUUGGCCAAGUAGAAUCGGAUGUUGGAUACUCUGUGCUAAACAAUCAAGUCAAUGACUUGUUGCGUGGAUGGAUGAAAGGUGUCUUGACUCAGCUGGUGAGGUCAAGAGAAAACACCAACAAUGAAGACUACGUGGCUUUUUGCAACCGAAUUGGAAAUAUUCUCAAGCACAAUGGAGAACACGUUGCGGCCAUGAAACUCCACAAGACUGCUCUGACAAUUUGUGAGACUGUCUUGGGAAAGAAUCAUAGAUUGACAGCAGACACUUUCGACAAUAUUGGUUCAGUCCUGAAAGAGAUGGGUGAUUAUGAAGAUGCUUUGUCAAAGCACAAGGAAGCUCUUGCCAUUCGAUUGUCUGCAUUGGGCAAGAGUCAUCCUGAGGUGGCAGCCAGCUACAACAAUAUUGGUUAUGUCCUGGAUGAUAUGGGCGACUAUGAAGGUGCUUUGUCAAAGUACGAAGAAGCUCUUGGCAUUGAUUUGUCAGCAUUGGGCAAGAAUCAUCCUGAUUUAGCAACCACCUACAACAAUAUUGGUUAUGUCUUGCAUGCUAAGGGUGACUAUGAAGGGGCUUUGUCCAAAUAUGAGAGAGCUCUUGCAAUUAGAUUGUCAGCCUUAGGCAAGAAUCAUCCUGAUGUGGCAACCACCUACAAUAAUAUUGGGGUUGCUCUAAAGAAAAUGGGCGACUAUGAAGGUGCUCUGUCAAAGUAUGAGGAAUGUCUUGCCAUUACAUUGUCAAAUUUGGGUGACUAUGAAGGUGCUUUGUCCAAGUGUGAAGAAGCUCUUGCGAUUAGAUUGUCAUUGCUGGGAAAGAAUCACCCUGAUGUGGCCACCACCACUAACAAUAUUGGUUGCAUCCUGGAUGAUAUGGGUGACUAUGCAGGUGCUUUGUCCAAGUAUGAGGAGCUCUUGCCAUUAGAUUGUCAGCCUUGGGCAAGAAUCAAUCCUGAUGUGGCAACCACCUACAAUAAUAUUGGGGUCGCUCUGAAGAAUAUGGGAGAUUACAAAGGUGCUCUGUCAAAGUAUGAGGAAUGUCUUGCAAUUACAUUGUCAGUAGUGGGCAGGAAUCAUCCUGAUGCAGCAACCACCUAUGGCAAUCUUGGACUUGUGCUACAGCAUAUGGGAGACUAUAAACGUGCUUUGUCCAGGUUUGAGGAAGCUCUCACGAUUGGAUUGUCAGCCUUGGGCAAGAAUCAUCCUGAUGUAGCAACCAGUUACAUGAACAUUGGUUCGGCACUUUCCUGCAUGGGUGACUAUGAAAGUGCUUUGUCAAAGCAUGAGAAAGCUCUUGCCAUUAAAUUGUCAGCAUUGGGAAAAUCAUCCUGA